CAGGGUACUUUUUGGGACUAAAUUGACUCGUUUACUCUUUCAAAUUUGGAGAGGUAAGAUUAAGAGCAAAGUACCGCUUUUUUUAUGAGUGGAAUUUGAACGACACCAACGUUAGAUAGAAGAAUCGUUAAACCCCAUUUUAUGUUUCUUUGUUUUUGUUUACCAUCACCAACAUCAACACUGUCACUAAUUUCCAACAUCAACAUGUCAGAGAAGACCUUAAACAAGAACAAGACCCGAAAGCGUAACAUUAAUAGUGUCACCAAAAAGACACCAACUUUGGUAAAAACAGAAGACAUAGAAGAUUCACCAUCAUUCUUCUCCAAAGAUGAAACCCAUAAACUGAGAACGGUUUUAUUGGAUUGGUAUGAUCGUAACCAAAGGGUUCUUCCUUGGAGAACAACGUUGAAUGAUGAACAUGAAGAAGAAGAAGUUGAAAAGAGAGCUUAUGGUGUUUGGGUUUCAGAGGUUAUGUUACAGCAAACAAGGGUUCAGACUGUUAUUGCUUAUUUUAACCGUUGGAUGCUUAAAUGGCCCACCAUUCAUCAUCUCGCUAAGGCUUCUCUUGAGGAAGUAAAUGAGAUUUGGGCCGGUUUGGGAUACUAUCGGAGAGCUCGUUUUCUUUUAGAGGGGGCAAAACAAAUAGUUGCAGAAGGAGGUAGUAUUCCAAAAACAGCUUCUACGUUACGAAAGAUUCCUGGAAUUGGAGAUUAUACAUCUGGUGCAAUCGCAUCUAUAGCAUUCAAAGAGGCGGUACCUGUUGUCGAUGGAAAUGUGAUAAGGGUGAUUGCCAGGCUAAGGGCCAUUUCUGAAAAUCCAAAAGACUCGGUAAUCAUUAAGAGAUUUUGGGAAAUAGCUGCUCAGUUGGUCGAUCCUCUUCGUCCAGGAGAUUUCAAUCAGGCUCUCAUGGAACUCGGUGCAACUGUAUGCACCCCUUUGAACCCAAGCUGUUCGUCGUGUCCAGCAUCAGAAUUUUGUCACGCACUAUCAAUUGCUAAAGAUAAUAGUACGGCAGCAGUUACAGAUUAUCCGAUUAAGGUUGUGAAGGUUAAACCAAGAUCCGAUUUUUGUGCUGUAUGUGUUGUUGAAUUACUUGGAGGUGAAAACCAAUCUAGCAGCAGAUUUGUUCUCGUAAAAAGGCCCGACGAAGGAUUGCUUGCCGGUUUAUGGGAGUUUCCGUCUGUCUUAGUAGAUGGAGAAACUGCUCCAUUAGCUAGACGAAAAGCAACCGAUUGUUUCUUGAAAAAAAGUCUCAAAAUUGACAUCAGAAAGACCUGCGAUGUUGUUUUGAGGGAAGAUGUCGGGGAAUUUGUUCAUAUUUUUAGUCACAUUCGCCUCAAGUUGUAUGUUGAGUUGCUGGUGCUACAAUUGAAAGGGACAGUAGGUGAUUUGUUGAAAAGCAAGGACGAUGAAACUACAACUUGGAAAUGUGUUGAAAGCAAUGCUCUCUCAAAUAUGGGACUGACGACCAGUGUAAGAAAGGUGUAUGACAUGGUUAAAAAAUUUAAGCAGAAAAGACUUCCUUCUAACCUUGUGCCAACCAAAAAGAGAACUAGAACAACCAAGAAAAACUAGUCUGGUUCAAUCAGAUUGGCUGCAUUUCCAAAAUUACAAAUUAAUUUGCUGAUGUAAAACACUUUUCUUGCAUUUUAUUCUUAGUAGACUGCAAUGUUAAUUUUGCAAGGUACUUUUUUCUUCAUGAUACCUUUUGCCAGGCAUGGCAAGCUGUGGUAUGUAAGGUUCUCAAUAUCUUUGCCAUGCUAUGUUUCUUUGUAAUUGAGGUACCAAUGUAUCUUGAAUUUAUGUUGGUUAGAGUUAUCAGGAAACUAACAAGACAAAAUACAUGUAUUAUGUAUAAUAUAUUUGAUUGGUUAUGUUUUAGUAGCAA